GCAGAGCACAAUAAUCUCACAGGCGCCUUUCUAGAUCUCCUGAUAGCACUGGCUGCUUCAUUCUUGUGCCUGCUGUAGAAAUGGAGGGGACUGUAGAAGGCUGUCUGGGGUUUCUAUACGAUCUGCUGGUGGUAGUCUGUGUUGGGCUCCUGCUUCUGCAGGUUGUUAAGGGCCGGUCAGUGUGGUGGUUGGUGCUGCUUCUGGUUUCGGGAGUGACGUUGAGCUAUUUGGUCCAUUCAAGUGCUCUAAAAGUAGGUCUUGUGAGUGUGCUGUGCAGUGUCAUCCACUAUCUAGGGAGAGAAGGGGUCACGUUGCCUACCCAAAGCAAGGCGGUACUGAUCACAGGUUGUGAUUCGGGUUUUGGUCAUGAUCUGGCCAUGUUUUUAGACCGCGCAGGGAUGAGGGUGUUUGCAGGGGUUCUGGAUGAACUCAGUCCUGGAGCUCUGGAGCUUAAGAGAGCUGAAUCACCAAACCUCACCGUCCUACAGUUAGACAUCACCAACAGCAGCCAGAUCACACAGGCACGCCAGUACAUCCAGAGCCAAACAAGUGAAACAGGACUCUGGGCACUAGUGAACAACGCUGGAGUGCUGGGAUACAUGUGUGACGGAGAAAUUCUGCCAAUUAAAAUGUAUAAAAAAUGCUUAGAUGUGAAUUUUAUUGGUAAUGUGGAAAUGACACAAGUCUUUCUGCCUCUGAUACGCCAAUCGAAAGGACGACUCAUCAGUAUAGCCAGUAUGGCAGGAGAAGUUCCAUUUCCUGGAUUCGCAGGAUACGGGGCGUCUAAAGCAGCGCUGAUCUCCUUCAGUGGAGCGAUGAGACAGGAACUCUCACGCUGGGGAGUCAAAGUCAUCAUCAUUCAACCUGGAGGUUUCAAAACAAAUAUUCUGGGCAGCAGAGAGCAGUGGAGUAGAGCUCAGGAGGACGUCCUCAGCGGUUUGUCUCCGGAAGUGAUGGCGUCUUAUGGAGAAGAGUACAUCCGCUCAAUGCAGCAGCGGCUGCUCCACAUGUCCUCAGUAUCAAGCGCAGACACACGGCCCUUUCUGGAGGAUUUAAAGCAUGCAAUACUGUCCCCGAGACCAAAAGCCUUCUAUUACCCCGGGGCCUCGGCGUGGGCUCUUCCAUUGCUCUACAGACACUGUCCCACCUCUCUGUCAGACAGAAUCCUCUCACAAAUGUAUAUGAGCAGUGAUCCCCAACCUGCAGAAAUCAUGAAUUCUUGCGCUUGCUGAUGCACACAUUCAGGGUGAAAUCAGGUAAAGUGGGCUGUUUAAGUUUGAUUGUACUGUUCUCAAUGGGUUUGCACUUUCAGAGCAUAACAAUGGGUUUUAAAUAAAGGGACACUAUUUCUUUAAAUAAUACAGUUUUUUUCAAUACUUCUAACAAUUUUCCUAAACUCUUAAUGCAUC